AUGGGCUUGCAGCCUACGGUGAGGAGGAGAGCCAGCGGCGCAGCAAACAGGAAGGCUGAGGAGAUGAGGGAAGAACUGAGAUUCUCAGGACUCGAUAACCGAAGCCUGGAGGAAAAGCUUGCAGCCAAAGAGAUCGAGGACAGUCCGGCACCGGCGCCCGAUUUCCCGUCUCUAAUUCAGGUCAAGGAAUCGCGCCUAGGUCGCAGCUGCCUCCGGUCUCUCGAAGUACAUGGCAGUUUCUCAGCGGAGCCCCGAACUAAUUGUCCAUCGAUACUUCAGUGGAAGCGCCAUGUCCCGUUGACUGUUGGAAAAUCGUCACUCAGAGACUCUCGAUUCUCGGUACUGAGAGAAAUUCGAAUUGUCUUCCAAGACAAUAAAUACAAUAAACACAUCUCUAACAUGUGUGACGUAGAAACGUGUGAUGUAGGCUUAGAAACCAAAAAAUGUAACGGAAGAUGGAGAAAUAAGUUGUUAAUAGCUUAUAAAAUAAAAUUCGAGUCAUACGUUUAUUCCAUGAAUUUAUUAUUUGAUGCUUUUCAGAGAGGGUUUUAUACCUAAGGGGAUUAUUCAGGUAUUAUUACAAUGAAAAAA